UCAUAAUAAACAUACAUUCAUUGUCAUCUGAUUGUGCUGCCCUGACUUUAUUUUUAUAUAAGUGGAGUCAUUUCUGCUUCUAUUUUAUACUCAACACUUAGACGUCGUGUUACAAUAAGAAGUAGUCAGACAUACAGAUUUAAAAAUGUCUUCACAAAUGGAAAAACACCUUUUUAAUCUGAAAUUUGCUGCUAAAUCUCUUCAAAGAGAGUCUAAGAAAUGUGAGAAACUUGAGAAAGAAGAGAAGAAUAAAUUAAAAAAGGCUAUCCAGAAAGGUAACAUGGAGGGCGCUAAAAUACAUGCUGAAAAUUCAAUACGAAACAAAAGCCAAGCUCUCAAUAUGUUACGGAUGAGCGCACGGGUGGAUGCUGUGGCUAGCCGUGUCCAAUCAGCUGUGGCCAUGAAGAAAGUGACAUCAUCAAUGGCUGGGGUCGUCAAAUCAAUGGACAGUGCAAUGAGGUCAAUGAACUUAGAAAAGGUUUCAGGUUUGAUGGAGAAGUUUGAGAAGCAAUUUGAAGACUUGGACGUGCAAUCAGCCAGCAUGGAAGACACAAUGAGCUCGUCAACAACGAUGAGUACACCACAAACAGAUGUUGAUAACUUAAUGCAACAGGUUGCAGAUGAAGCAGGGUUGGAACUAAAUAUGGAAUUGCCAACAGAGCAGAAAUCAACUUUAAGUAUGGGAGCCUCAACAGCUGAGCAGGAUGAGCUAACACAAAGGCUAGCAAAACUCAGGAAUACAUAGAGGGCAGCAAACUCAAAAACACAUUUUCAUUGGUCAUUGCCUGUAGAAUCCACGGAAUAUAAUCUACCUAUGUAUUGAUGCUUGAGGCUUAUAUUCUUUAAAGCAGAGGGUUCUUAAAUGAUCUUGUUUCAAAAAGUUUUGCAUCAAUAAAGGGAUGUACUGUAGUCAUGUUGUACUCCCAGUGAAGACUUCAUUUGGUAUUAAUUUUUGUAUUUAUCAGAGUAUGAGAGUAAGAAAAAAAUCACCACAAAAGUAGAGUAUUUUAAAGUUUUGGUAUUUAAAUGAAGGCUGUAAUAGUUUAUAUAGGUAGAUAUUUCAUAGUAUUUGAUUUCAGUUCGCAUGUUUUAUGUACAUAUUUGAAAGGUUUAUUCUGGUAAGAUACCUUUACAUAUUUUUGGGAACAAAAUGUUGUCUUUAUUACUAUGAUCAUCCAUCCAUUCUUUUUUCUACCACUAGAUUGUCUCCUGAUAUAAUGUUUAAUUACCCAUCAGGAGUCGUGCCACAUUUUGGGUGGGCUGUUUUAAUUUAACCAUUUCUGCUCUAUCAAAUGGCCCCAUAGCUUAAAGUUGGUACACAACUUUAUCAACCGGUACUAUAUAUUGCUACAAUUAAGUCAAUUCAAUCAGAAACAUAUUUCUUUUGAUGGUACACCCAUUUGAAACCAUUUGUGCAAGCACAUAGCUUUUUGUGUAGAAAAAAAGCCAUGCAAAACCAAAAGAAAGAAUAAUUUCUGAUAUAACCAACUUAUAUUUUGAGAGUGUCAUUACUUCAUAUAUUCUUAAGGUCAGCUGUACCAUUAGAACUCGGCUUAUUUAUGAGAUUUUGUGUCAUGAUUAUGAUAAAACAGAAUAACAUUUGCAUAUUGCUGCCAUAAAUGUGCACAGUUAGUACAUUUACAAUAGCUAACGUUGCCAGUGUUAAACCGAUAUAUGCCAGUUUCCUUAUAGGAACUUACCUAAAAAAUAAUGGGACUUAGGUGUAUAUAAUGCAAUGUCGUCCAUGUAACAGGCCUAAAUUUUCUAUGAAUUAUGUUAGAAUGUAUAUAGUAUGUUAUCAUUCUUAUAUCCCAUUCAGACUAGCAUCGCAUUGUAAUCGGUUGUAGCAAUUGCGACAUCCAUUUGCAAAGUAAAAUCUUUUUACUACUCCCGAUUACCACAGAAUCAGAUCGCAAUGAAUUCCACAGGCACUGUCUGGCUGAGGUCAGUCAACAUAGGCCUAGUCCCUAGAAUGUAAAGUUUUUUUGCGUUGGUUUGCCUGCGUUUGUUGAUUGCAAUCCGAGUUAAUCAGUUUUGGAUUACCACCGAUUGCAUCGAAACAGAGUGUAGUCUGUGUAGGGUAUUAGUUCUACCAUCAUCCCAUGGUGGUCUGUGUGCUCAAUAAAGGAACACUGUAGAAGUAAUAGUA